UAAAUGCAGCGGCGACGGCCAAUAUCUUUAUGAAUUACACGUCCGUGGACAGGUCCAGGAUGGUUUCGCAUAUCAUUCCUGUUUCUGGGGAGCUGCAGCAGGGGAAUGGCAAUCUGGGCACCACAGGACUUAGUGGCAUGCAGGAUUCUCCUCAUUCUUUAAAAAUCAAACAGGAGCCGUUUCAACUAUCACCACCAUCGCCCCUACCACAUCUUCAUCAAGUGAGCGGUUUCGAGCUGCAGAGCAGCUGCAUCGGCGGCACCUCAAAGGAUUUGGACGCUACCACGAUGACCGGCAGCCUAGGCCGCGGUCUGACGUCGCAUCACGUCUCUCCUCUGAGCCAUCAUCAUCAUCAUCAUCAUCAUUCCCAUCCUAGCCUCCACAGCCCCAACCCCGUGGUGUCUAUGCACUCCGCGACGACCGGCACAGCCGGUUCGACGCACCAUCACCUAGAUGACAAGGGCUCGUCGCCCAUAGGCGCCCUUCACAGCACCACCAAUAGCAAUCCUUCCACGCCAUCCGCACCCUCCACGCCCACCACGGCUACCGCGGAUAGUGGCGCGACCGUCACCGCAUCCGGUGCGAGCAACCCUAACGGCGGCACCUCCGGCGCCGUCGCCGUCAACAGUAAACCGCCCUUUAGCUACGUCGCCCUGAUUGCCAUGGCGAUUCAGCACAGUCCGCAAAAAAGAGCGACUCUCAGCGAAAUCUACGCUUACAUCACCGCCAAAUUUCCGUACUUCGAGAAGAACAAGAAGGGAUGGCAAAACUCUAUCAGACACAAUCUGUCAUUGAACGAAUGCUUUGUCAAGGUACCCCGAGAGGGUGGCGGCGAGAGGAAGGGCAACUUUUGGACCCUCGAUCCGCAGUAUGAAGAUAUGUUCGAGAACGGCAAUUAUCGAAGGCGAAGACGAAUGAAACGUCCUUAUAGAAAUGCCCCCCCUCCAUAUCAUAAACAAUUCUUCGGCGAUCCAUUCUCGACAACUCAUGUACAUUUGGGACCUAGGAAUAUUUUUGGCCACUCACCCCCUUCGUACGCCCCUCCUCCUUAUACGCGAUACGAUACGAGCCCAUGGAGUCUUCAACAAUCGCAGCUAUCAUACAACCAUUGUCAGUCGCUGCAAUCGCAAUUGCAGCCGAUGCAGUCGAUGCAAAUCCCGGCUAUGAACGGCUACAGUCAACUGGGUACCUCGUUAAGUGAGUCAUUAUUCUCGCAUUUUGUGCCCUCUUUUGUCGAGCGGGGUAACGCCGAUCGACCAGACAAAGCGUUUCAAGGCAAUUACCUGGAUGUUCCAGGUGGAACGACCGGAUCGCCCAGUUCCAUGGGCGGCAGCUCUUUCGGAAACAGUUUCGCCGCGUGCAGCAGGAGGCACGAGUCCGCGAUGACCACGGAUACGAUGCCCGGGAGAUGCUAUUGGCCCGAUAUGGUAAACGUAAAGGAGGAACCCGGGAGUAACGUCGUGUCGACUAGCAGUGUCGGCACUGUUGGCGUCCCGUCCGGCAUGAUGAGCUCCGCCGUGUCGUCGGGCGUUUCCACGACGGGAUUCGCGCCUAUGGAGUUUCAAACGCGUUCCAAGUGCUUUAUGUGAAUUCGCGAACUCGAAGAACCGUCGAUUAAAUCGAUCAAAUUACAGUGAUGAUUCGAGGAUCGAAGGACGACGAUUUUGCGCAAUUUGCAAUGAGACGGAUUUGCCGAACGGUGAGCGAUAUACUUGAAUAAAUCUGGUUAACGCAAAUAAUAUAUCCGCAGAUUAAAUUUAACAAAUAUUAUCGAAUAAUAUCCGAUAAUUAUUUAAUAAUAUUAUUGAAUAGGUAUUUAAUAAUAUUAUUUGCGAAGAAUCUAACCGCACGAGCAAAUAGGCAAUAAACAUCGUAAAACUCGUGUAAAAUCGUUGUUGUGUUAAUUCGAUGUUAAACGAACUCGUCAUGUUGCGUCUCUUACUGCGUAAGCGUGUUCGCUGUUGAUACGUAAGCAAUACGCAAUGUACGCGAAUAUAAUCGCGCUUAUCGUAUGAAAUGAUACGAUGCGGUAUCCUGUAACGACUGAAUCCUUUCACGAGAAUGAUACAACCAUCGCGGUUGCAUCUGUUAUCUGGUUCCGAGUGUCGGAGAUACAUCGCGCGACGCAAACAAAACGAUUGCGAAACGAUCCCUUAACUUUGUCUAGUUUUUUGACGGUAACAUACUUGAAAAUACCUCAAUCCUUGUACAUCGUUUUAGGAUUGCUUCCACAGUAUUUAAUAUCUUGAUGAAAAAUUUUGGGUGAGUGGCUAACAAGAGAGUUUGCGCAUAACGAGAAUGAGAUAUCAUUUCGAUCGGGAUAGAAUGGAAAAACGCGUAGUAAUAUGAAUUUAUCGGAAGCACUUUUUUUCCGGAUCAAUGUAAAAUUAUUAAUAUUUAAAUUUUAAUUGUAUUUUUAAUUUUAUUGCAUCUUACUUUAUUUUAUAAGUUAUUCUAUUUUAUAUUAUUUUAUCUUAUUUUAGUUUAUUUUAUUUUUUCUCUUCUUGUUGUAAUGAGUUCUCCCUAUAUUCUGCUAAAUAAAUAAAUAAAGAAGUGCUUAAUAAAAUUAUUAAUAAUGUAAAAUAUAUUAUUCGUAGAAUAAUGUGCAUGAAAUUUUCAUUCGUUUUCAUGCUAUUUUUCGCGUUCUGUACGAGAUAUGAUCGAAUGAUAUCUCUUCUAUUGCGACAUGAAUAUUUGCGAUAGCUUUUAAUUAAUUGAACUCUAUUAUAAAAAAGAGCGACACAAAGUACAGAGAGAACUAUCUUGUUGUAGAGAGUUUCCUCUUAUAUAUACAUACAUAGAAUUUAAUAAAGCUAUAUAUGUUUAAUCGUACAAAUAUGUUUUAUGUCAACUAUAGAGAUUAGAAUGGAAUCGUUUCCUGACAAUCGCAAUGUAAAUAUAUGAUUAGUAUAGAUGUGUUAAUAACUUUAAAAAAUUAUCUUGCGAAUUAAUUAAUCUUAUAUGUAUAGAUUAACUAAAGUUAUAAUUUCUAUUAAAUGUAACAUCUCCCGUUCGAAUUUAUUAUACACUGAAAUGUAUAUGUGCAUAUUGUGGCAGCUGUAUACAGUUCGACAAAAAUUAACAUAUAAAAAAAGUGUAACAGUGAUUAUAUAAGAGAUAAUUAGAGAAUAAAUCUUAAUUAUUUAUCAUCGACAAAAAAA